GGAACGCGCGGUGGCUGACGGGAGGGACGGUUCCGUCUUGUCUCGUCCUGUCCCCGCUCCCUCAUGCACCACUAGCGGUGCCUUCCGAAGUGCGUCGCGCAUCGAUGUGACUGCUGUACGAGAGAGAGAGAGGGGGAAAAAAGUGAGGGUGAGAGAGCGAAAGGAAAAACCACCCGCCGGGGCAAAGUCUUCCUGAAACACCCUCCACCCCCCAUCUCUAUCCCUCUCCCCAGAGCGCUUUAGAAAAUGGCGUCCGACCUUCGCGCUGCUUGCGUUACGUGCCGGGAGUUGUAGUCUUUUCCAUGCCUCGGGCGCUUGGCGUCGGGGUCUUGAUCGCGAAGGAAAGGACUACGUUUCCCAUAACCCCGCGGGCGAGGAGAGGGACAGACGGGAGCGAAUUGGACGGGAAGGGGGGCGGUUCCGCCUCUCCUCCUCCUUUCCCCCUCCUCCCCUUCACCCUUCGCCUGCGCCGCGGCUGCUGCUGCUGCGUCGGGUGAGGGAGCGCGAGCGAGCGAGUGGCGCAGGCAGAGAGAGCGGCCUCCCUGGGCAGCGCGAGGGAGGCGGGUGAGAGGCCUACUCCGGGGCGGCCCGAUCUCGGGAGUCGCGCAGGGGGAGGGAGGGGAGGGUUUGGGUAGGGGGCGCGCGGGCGCGCGUCACGGACGCGGUGCAUGCGUGGGCGGGUGUUGGGUUGAGUGCUGGGGUGCGGGCAGAGGGAGGGUCUCGAACGGCUCCAUCAGGCCUUGAGGUGAAUCGGCCUAAUAGGUAGGGCUGUGUGUGUGUGUGGAUAUUCCUGGGGAGGGAGGAAAGGCCUAGUAAGGGGUAGAGGCAGGGGUGGGGCUUGAAACUGCUACAGAGAUGGCUGUCCAGGCCUUUUGGGGGGUGGGGAAUAUAGGAAUGGAUUGCUCGUAGCCAGGUUGUGGGUGCAUGUGGUGGGGGGGCAGUCCUUUAAGCCGUUUAGAAACCUCAUAGGGACUAGGGAGGUUAUAACAAGAUUGGGAGGGCUGGUUCAGUCCUUCAAAGAAGGUGGUGAAUGGGGUGGUUGGAGCCAGAUUGGGGAAAUAUCGGGCUGGCAUUUCAGCCGUUUAUGAAAGAGGAUCAAAUGGGAUAGUGAGGGAGGAGGGGAGUGUGUGCAGGCCAAUCGUGUGUGGUUUGUUUGGUUUUUUUGCUCAGAGGUAAGUCCGACUGAGCUCCCAAAUAAUAACGAACAGGAUUGUAGCCUUAGCUGGGGGCUUGAAACUGGUGGGGUUGGGGACAAAGGAUAGGGUUGUAUUUGUGUAAAAUGUAAAAAUAGGAAGAGGGGCUCAGUAGAGUGGAAGUUAAGACUCCAGGGUUUUGUGAUCAUCGCUGCUCUCUAGGGGAUGGGAUGAGUAAAUUUAGGCAAAUUCUGAGAGCAGGUGGGGGGGAAAAUCAGGUUUCUGGGAGGUUCAUAAAGGGAAAAGUGUUGAACAGGGAAAAUGUAGGUAAGAGGCUGUAGGUGAGACAGUUCUCUGGGGGAGCAGAUAGAAUUUGAAGAUGAUGGGAAGGGAAGCCUGAAAUGCAAUAAGGGAGACUUUGAUAAGAAGUAAAUUUGAAGAUGCAUAGAGAGCAUUAAUGGGGCAAAGUAAGAAGAAAGGAAAGUGUGUGUGAGGGGGUGUUUGGCACUAGAUUCAGGUUGGAAUUUGUGGGAAGCAUGUUGCACCGCAUGAGUUCUACGGAUUUCUUCUGUGCAUUUAUAUAUUCAGUCUUGAUUGUGAAGAGGCAUGGGUCCAUCCUGGUAUUUGGAAAAUGUUGGCAGAAGCUGCCAGUUGCUCUUUUGCCUCUGCUUCUAGCCAUACAUCCUCUGUUUUUUUCUGUAGGCAUUAGAGGCACCGUUGGUGCUAGCCUGUGAGCGCCAUGUACAAUGGGAUAGGACUCCCCACUCCUCGGGGCAGCGGCACCAACGGUUACGUGCAGCGCAACCUCUCGGCCGUGCGCCACAAGAAAGAUCGCACUGACUACAAGUCAGAAGAGGAGUUGAGGAAGCUGGAGUCAUCCCUGGUUAAAAAACCCAACCAGGACAUCCUGGACCACGAGCGCAAACGGAAGGUUGAGCUGAAAUGCUUAGAGUUGGCUGAACUCAUGGAAGAGCAGGGGUAGGUUGUAGUAGGCAAUAGGGAAGCAAAAAUAUUUGGAAUAUAACAAUGGGGGCUGAAAAAUAACCAUGGAGAUAGCGGCAUUGAAUGAAUAAGGCUGAUAGCAAUUGUGGAAGAAGGUGCGGUAUGGGAAGGUCGGGGUAUGUGGGAUUUGGGAAUGUGGGGUAUGUGGACAUUGCACCUGGGAUUUCUGCCUUCAUUUGUUGGCAACCUUGGUCUUGAUAACUGACCAAAUACUCUGAUCUGUUAGCACAGCAAUGAUGGAAGGUUGACAAAGUUAGGAUUCAGGGAUGAGGAAGGAAAAGCUGUCCUUCCUCUUAAGGGCAAAGGGUGAGAGUAGGUAUUGAAGGAAAUUGGAAAGUUACAUAUUUAUUAUUAAUAAUGCAGGUAUAAAUAAACUAGGAGAAGAGGAAAACUGAAAUGGAAAGAAUAAGUGAACGUGUUCAAGGACCAGGCCUGAGGGUAGGGUAGGGUGGGGGAAUGAAGUACAAGUUGAGCAUGAAAGGUGAAUGGGAGAAGAAUUUACAUGAAAUGGGUAAAAUAUACUUAGGAGAGAUGAGUGGGAGUGGGGAAAAAGCCUCUACUUAAAGCGAGCUGGAUCUGUCAAUUCUCUGGAUUAGUCAAUAGGAGGGCUGGGUUUUAGUACCUCCUGAGUAAAUGUCUACUAUGCUUGAGGAAAGUUAAACUAUGGACCUCAUUGUCACCAGGAAAAUGCUUUGGCAAAGAAUUUAGUAAUUUCUAAAUAUGGAUUAGAUGUCGGUAAUUGCCUGCUGAUAGUACCAAACCGCCUAUAUAUAUUACCAUUUUUUCAUGGGAGGACCUCAGUAAUUUUUAGCUGCCUGAAGGAGUUGAAAGUAUGUGAAAUCAUGUCAUACGUGCUAGGUAUACAUAUGCGUUGUGGCACUGGCCGCUUGCUGUCUGUUGGUUUCAGUGGGACUUGUUCAGAAGUGCUUUCAAUAAGCUUCAGAUAUAAUAUAUGUAGUGUUAACUUAUUUAUAGGAAAAACAAGCAGGGUGAAGUUACUUUACAUUUAGCAGGUGUUCAAUCAAUUUUAUGUGUAUUGCAAGAAGAGUUGAAUUUGUUGAUUUUGUUUUGCUGGAUUCCAGGAGUGAAGAUGACAUUUUCAUUUGUAGUAGAAAAUUAUUCCUUUUGGGGGAGUAACAACUUUGCUUAGCUUUUUAUAAACUACUUUGAAGUUCUAGUCAAAUGCUUUAUUGAUAAUGAGGAUCCUCCUAUGCAGAGAUGUUGUAAUAUUAUCUCUAAAUUGCAGUUAUCAGGGAGGUUGAGGCUGAGAGAAUAGCGGUUCGUAGAAAGACACUUAGCUAGGUCAUGAUGUGUGUGUGUGGGGGGGGGGGAUGUGCUUAAGUCUUUGGUUUACAUUUAAGUCAUAAGUACUAUGCUGUGUUAGAUAGAAGUAGUCAGUGUUUUGAAUCUGUUACGAUUCAUGUCCCUAAGCAGCACUGCCUACUACCUCAUUAGAGACUGGUUACCAUGUUUAUGGGACCCAUCUGGUAAGCCUUGUAAAAUAUUUUCUGGUGUUCUCAACCCAGGUAUGGAGAAGGGGAGAUCCAGGAAAAGGUAGCCACUUUUCGGAUGAUGCUUUUGGAGAAGGAUGUAGCAGUGGUCAAGGAGGGGGAACAGCAGCAGAAGCCGACGUAAGUAAGGCACCUUGGUGGAUUUUGAUUCUGAUGAGUUGACUGAUUCAUUAGCGCCCCACCUCCUUUCCAUUCCUCAUGGGGCUUGUUGCUCUUCCCAUACUUACCUUGGGCUUGCCUCAUAACCUCUAGUUUUCUCCCUAUAGUAACUAUUUCUGUUCUUCUCCAGUGUCACAGAAACCCAUCAGCUGGCUGAGGCCAAUGAAAAGAAGAACGAGAGGCUUAGAGCUGCCUUUGGAAUUAGUGACAACUAUGUGGAUGGCAGCUCUUUUGACCCCAACCGCAGGGCUAAGGAGGCAGCAACAGCUGCUGCAGCAGCGGCGGCUAAGCAGCAGCAGGAACAGCAAAAGCAGUACAGGUAUGUGGGCAUCCUUGCUGAGGAAAGGAAAGGUAGAAGUUGGGGAGGUAGACAUGGUUGUGCCUACCUCAGUUGAGCUCUUGUCGCUUUACAUGGAUUGGGAAACAAUUUAUUGUAUUUUUUUGUUUAAGAAAUAGGUAUUAUUUGAUAAAAGUUGUUUGACGUUCACUGUACUAUAGAAUACAAGCCUUGCCUUGGGGUAAGAUUACAUCAGAUGAUGCCUUUAUUAAAUAUAUAUGUAUUUUAAAAAUCUGAUUUUUAUUUUGGCAUGAGUUAUUGAUCUCUUUGCUUGAUUAACUGGCUGUAGUUUUGACAUAAUUUUUGUAAGGGUUGUUAACAAUACUGGAUACCUUUUGUGGUGUGCAUGCUAAUACCCCUAAACUUGAGAAUUUUUAUUUGGCAGCCUAGUUGCCUGCUUGGGGAUUGGAAUGGGGAGAGGAAAGAAGGAAGGGAGAGCCGUUAUUUUGGAGCCUGUUUGGGAGUUGGUUUUUCACCAUUUCUCUGUCUUUUCCCAGUCUUGUUAAAGAGUCUAGCAGCUCCCGUUCACCGUCCCCAAAACAGAAGAAGAAGAAAAAGAAGAAAGACAGAGGCAGGUGGGUGCAUGAACAAAGGCAGUGGUGAGCUGUGGUGAGAAGAGGGUGUCAGUUAGAGUUUGGCUAGGUGGGGUGAGGGGAGAGAGUAAGGAAUCUGGGAUGUGUGGGUCUCCAUUACCCCUUGCCCCAUGUAACAUGUCCCUUUUGUUUGUCUCUUCAGAUCUGAGAGCAGAUCACCUUCUCGGAGGGAGAGGAAGAAAAGUUCAAAGAAAAAGAAACACAGGUAAGGGGCUGUCUUGGGAGAGACAGGCUGGCUUAGUGUGAUAGACUGGGCUUUAGGAUCUUCAUCUCUUCAGCUGAUGGUUAUUUUCAGUGUUCCCUAAAUAGCUUAUGGUUCUGUCUUCAAGUGUGCAUGAGAGAACAGACCUCGCUUUCUGUGGGGUACUGUUGUCUUGUCUUCCGCUACAAAAAAGGUUACAUGAUGUAGAGUUUGGGGCCUUUCUCAUCCUAUAUGUAGCUAUCUCUUGUCAGAGAUUCUUUGUCUGAAAGCAUCCUGUGUAGGUCUGGGGUGGAGGGAAGUCAUCACUUUUUAUCCAGUAUCAAGAUUUUUGGGCAUACUAUUAUGUUGUUAGGUGACUGGCAAUAAGCUGAAGUAUAUAAAACUCUGUUUUUGUUUGUUUGUAGGUCAGAGUCAAAGAAAAGAAAGCACAGGUGAGUUAACUUUUUAAAAAUGCGUUUGGGUAUAGAGAGUUCUUUGCAAUUCUGAUUUUACUUUUCUUGUAUUCUCAACCAAUCAGAACUAAGAAAUUGUGAGUUCUCAGAGGAUACCCUGUGAUUUUCAUUGUUGAGUGGUGACUUGAAUCUGAUUGUCCCACAUCUACAUCCAAUGUUACUAGCUACAUGUUGCAUUGAUCUUCUUAUGAAUUGUGUGGCAGUGUUUUAGAGACAUCUGUUUAGUAAUAGCUUCUUGGUUAUUCCUAGGGAUGGGGAUGUUUUGCAGUGGGUACUGUAGGAACUGAGAUGGAAAUAAUGGCUGUGCAGUGUUUCCAGAAUGUUUCAAAACAAAUGUCUUUUUCCAGGUCCCCAAGUCCCAAGAGCAAACACAAAUCUAAGGAAAAGAAACGCAGGAGGUAAAAACCACGUUUUUCUUGCCACUACCAAGAUCCCUCCUUGCUAAAGGUGGUCUCUUUUUUUUGCAUCCUUUCUGCUCACAUUUCUAACCCUCUUAGGUCUACUAGCGAGAGUGCAUCUCAGAAAGGCCGACGGGAUCGUUCCUCCUCCCCAGAUGAUUCUUCCUCUUCAGAUGCUUCCCGUAGCAGGUAUGGCUUUGGGAUGGAGAUCCAAAGUUCCCUCUAUUCCUUCCUCACACCAGUCCAACAUUCUUGAAACCAGAUUUCAGACUUGGGCAGACUAUUGAAAAUAACUCACAUUUCAAGCCUCUGAUAGUUAUUUAUCAUCUGCAGGUCAGGUAGCCCCAUAGCCCAGAAGCGGGCCCCCUUAAGGCGACAGAGCAAGUCUCCCUCAGCACCUUCACGGAAGCAAGCGGAAACUGAGGCAAUUUCCAAGAAUCUGCCAGAGAGAACACGCUCAUCUUCUCCCGAGCCUGUCCGGCGGGGCAGGAGCCCAAGCCCUCGAGAAAGCAGAGAAAAACGGGAGGUAUGGGAUUAUACUUUAGUGACUUGCAACAGAGGUUCCUUAGGGAUUUCAGCAGGACUUGAUUAUAUUUGGAGGAGAAAAAUCAUGGAGUCAGGGUUGUAAUACUAACAGGUUUUUUUUAAAUCUCCUGUUGUCCAGAAAACUAUGUCCAAGCAUUCUCCAGUACGUGAGACCCGCCAGCGCUCUGGCAGCCCUUUAUCUCCUGCCAGAGAGAAGGAAAGAGAAAAGGAGAGGAAGUCUUCUCGGCAUGGGGAUCGGAAGUCCUCUCCAUCAUUUGAGCGGGAUUCAAGGUUCAAGCAUCACUCCCCAAUGCCAAGUGAUCCUUCUCGGGAAAGAGUCUCGGGGCACAAGCAUUCCUCCUCGAAGGAGAGUGUCUCCCCACCCCCUAAGAAGCAGACAGAGGAUCGUAAUGGGACUCUACCAUCCAAGGCUAAAUCAUCAACUGACCAGAAGGAGAAGCUGGCAGCUGCCUCAUCUCCUACUUCUAAAGCCAGUGAGACAAAGUUGAGGAAGGGCUCACCUGAUGGCUCUCCACCUCAGCGCUCUUGUUCUCCUUCAGAGAGUGGUAGCUGCUCCUCUUCUUCCUCCUCUUCUCCUUCCCCAGCAACCAAGCCAGCCCCAGUUUCCCGUAGCUCUUCUCCAGAGGAGCCUCCUAAAAGGCAAGGCAAAGAGAAGACCUCCGCACACAGAGAGAGGUCUAGUUCAUCCCCCGAAGUCUCCCGCUCUGGGCAAAAGCAGGCUGCCAAGGUCACAUCUCGUCGUGAAUUAUCGGGCACCCCUCCAGCCAGGGGCAACAAGUCAAGGACCAGUCGGAGGGAUAGAUCUCUCUCCCAAACACCCAUUGCUCGAAGAGGUAGAUCUCGGUCACGCACCCCAGCUAAGAGAGGCAGAUCACGCACACCUCCAAGGAGGGGAAGGUCUCGCUCUGCUCAGAGACGUGCUCGAUCCCGUUCACGUACUCCUCCAAGAAGGAUCCGUUCUCGCAGCCCUCAGUGGCGGGGCCGGUCAAGAACACCCCAGCGGUGGGGCAGGUCACGCUCACGAAGUCCUCCUAGAUGGGGCCGAUCACGGACACCUCAGAGGCGUGGCUGGUCUCGUUCUAGAACUCCCCAAAGGCAUGGCUGGUCUAGAAGCAGAAAUAGUGGGAGAUGGGGAAGGUCAAGAACCCCACCAAGAAGAGGGAGGUCACGUUCAAGAACCCCACCAAGAAGGGGCAGGUCUCGAUCCAGAACUCCACCCAGACGAGCAAGGUCUCGAUCCAGAACUCAACCCAGAAGAGGGCGAUCUAGAACCAGAACCCCUCCCAGGAGAGGGAGGUCAAGCUCUUCACCAAGGAGAGAGAAGUCGUUGAUUUCAGCAAGACGAAGUAGGUCUGUGUCAUCUCCGGAUCGGAAGGCCUCUAGAAUUUCUUCAAGAAGAAGCCGAUCUGGUUCCUCCCCCCAAAUGAGAGAGAGGUCCAGAAAACCUUUGCGGCGUAGCCAGUCUGGCUCAUCUCCUGAAUCAAGAAGCAGAUUACGUGUUUCUCCCCGGCGCAGUCGAUCUGGAUCACUUCCAAAGGCAAAGAAGAAAUCACAGUUGUCUCCUAGAAGAAGUCGUUCAGGUUCAUCUCCAAGGUCAAGGAAGAAAAAAUCAAGAACACCACCACGGCGCAGUCGCUCUAGUUCUUCACCCAGGCUGAAAACGAAGUCCAGGUUAUCUCCACGGCAAAGCAGGUCUGGUUCUUCAACACCGAAAAAGAAAUCCAGAUCACCAGCAAGGCGAAGUGAAUCCAGGACACCUCCAGCAGUCAAAAAUAAAUCUAGCAUGUCCUCAAGGAGCAGAUCUGGCUCAUCUCCAAGACAUACAAAGAAGUUUGAGGAUUCUUCAGCAGUUGAAGAGAAAUCUAAAAUGUCUUGCAGAAGAAGCCAAUCUAACUCACCUGCAAGACGUAGCAGGUCUGGAUCCUCCAGAAGGCGAAACAGGUCUGAGUCUUCUCCAGAAGUGAAAACGAAGUCAAGGUCCUCUCCAGGGCUGCAGAAGGAAUUAAGAUCAUCUCCAAGACGAGACCGGUCUGGUUCCUCUCAGUCAUCAACAAAAGAAAACUCAUUAUCCCCUCCAAGACGAACAGCCUCUCCAGAACCAAAGUCUACACCCCCGUUGCAGCGAAGCAGAUCUGGAAGGUCUCUAGCAGCAAAAGAAAAGCCUAGAUCACCAGUCCGAAGGCAGAGCUUGUCUGGAUCACCUCCAGCUUUGAGGGAUAAAUCUCUGUCUCCACCAAGACGAACUACAUCUGGAUCAUCUUUGGAACUGAAGAAGGAAUCCACUUCACCACUGGUAAAAUGUACAACCGGCUCUUUGGAGUUGAAGAAAGCCAGAUCACCAGCAAGGCGAAGCAGGUCUGGUUCCUCUCCAUUGGUCAAGGAGCAAUCUAAAUCUCCUUCCAGGAGCAAGUCCAAGUACUCUCCUGAGACAAAGAAAGUCACAUCACCGUUGAUUCAGGUCAGGCCUGGGCUCUCCUCUCCAGCAGUGAGAGAGAAGUCUAGAUCACCUAUGAGGAGAAGUGGGUCCAGAUCAUCUCCUGAACUAAAUGGCAAAUCUAAAUCUCCCCCAAAACAAAAUAAAUCCCAAGAAAUAAAGUCAAAAUCUGGGUCACCUGCAAGGCACAACAAAUCAUUGGCAGUAAUGGAGAGAGCUGCAUCACCAUUCCGGAAAAGUAAAUUAGGUUCAUCUCCCCCUGGGAAAGAGAAAUUGAAGUCUCCACCAAGUCAGGGCCAGCCUGGGUCAUCAGUACUCACAGAGUCAGAGAUUCCAUCAAGGCGAAGUAGAUCUGGAUCUUCCUCUUCUUCCUCCUCCUCUUCUUCCUCCUCUUCCUCCUCCUCCUCUUCCUCCUCCUCUUCAUCAACGUCUUCUCCAGAAGACAAUAAAUCUCGAUCACCUCCACGACUGAGUCGCUCUGCAACACUUUCAGUCAACAAAUGCAAAUCUGUAUCAUCGCCAGCACACAGCAGGUCAGAUUCAUCUCCAGAACCAGAGAACAGCACACUUCCAGCCGUUGCAAAGCACAACAGACCUGGAGCUUCUCCAGAAGCAAGUGAGACUUCAAAGGUUUCUCCUGUAGAGAAGAAAGAGGCACUCAGAGAUGCACCUCGGAGGAGCAGGUCAGGGUCGUAUUCAGAGGUUAAAGAGAAGCCAAGAAUACACAACAGUGAGAGCAGUUCAGAGUCUUCACCAGAUCGAAAAGAAAAAUCUGUAAGCAGAUCUCCGCCACCUCCCAGACGGUCAGUAAAAUCAAGGACACCUGUAAGACGCAGGACAUCAAGGUCUCCACCCAGACCUAGAGUAAAAUCCAGAACUCCACCAAAGCGUGGUAGGUCUGGGUCACCACCAAGGUCCAGAGUGAAGUCCAGGACACCCCCCAGACGACGUAGGUCUGGAUCAUCUCCAAGACCACGAAUGAAGUCCAGAACCCCACCAAGGCGACGCAGGUCUGGUUCAUCCCCAAGACCACGAAUGAAGUCCAGAACCCCACCACGCCGCCGUCGCAGAUCUGGAUCCUCUCCAAGACCCAGAAUAAAAUCUAGAACCCCACCACGACGUCGAAGGUCUGGUUCAUCUCCACGAGCCAGAGAGAAGUCUAGAACACCAAUUACAAGAAGACGGAGAUCUAUGUCACCACUGAGCCCUAGACGGAAAUCUAGAACACCUCUGAGACAGAGGUCCAGAUCACGCUCCAGGCAGAGGUCAAACACCAGCAUGCAUCCACAUAGGUCUGAAUCGUCAUCUCACUGUGACAACCGACCUCGAACCUCCUUGCGACGGGGAAGAUCUGGCUCUCUGUCAUGGAGGAGUCGCUCCCGUUCGCUCUCCAGGCGGCGAGACAAGUCUCGGGGAUCAUUACGGCGGGAAAGGUCCAUCUCGUCCCCAGGCCGAAGCUGCUCAAGAUCCCCUUCCCGUCAAGACAAAACUCGCUUCACAUGGAAGGGUGAGCGCUCAGUCGCCUCACCGCGCAGAGGCCAUUCCCGAUCACCAGCACGGAGAGAGAUGUCUAGGCUGUCACCACAACGGAGUGCUACCAGCCGGAAUGCAUCCCGUUCACCUCCCAGAUUAGAUGCCCCGCGAAUAACAGCAACCUACAAAAGCACUGGGUCCAGAGUGUCUCCUGAUUUUCGGUCGUCUCCUGUGAGGAAGCAUUCCAGAUCAGGCUCCCGAGAAAUCUGCACCUCUCCAGGAAGGAAAUCCCGCUCUCCUCCUGUGCUGGAGAAAUACCCCAAGUCUGACAUCCAGGAGAAGUCAUCAGCACCCUCGCUAUGGCACAGCAAAAGCAACACUGCCAUCCCUCGCACUCCAACCCCACCAUGUGAGGACUCUCCCAUAGCUCGGAAGGCCCUGUCUCCUGCUCCAUCUGCCGUGUCAAAGAAUGGCGGUUCCACGACUGUCCGAGACAGCCCUGGAGAUAGGAGUCAGGGCUUUCAUCCUUCCACAGUUAGGGAUGAGACAGCUGCUGGUGCUCCUUUGUCAGGGAGAAGCAGUUCCCACGCAGACUCCCCUUCUCCUGUGAAAGCUCGGUCGUCGUCGUCCUCCUCUGAGUCCUCCAGCCCCUUGCCAGCCCUGGUUUCUGUGCUAGCCCCAGCCCCCAAAGAAGAGGAGUUUGUAUCUGAAGGAAAAGUAGCAGAGAGGCCUGCCGGGCGCCUCCCCACCCUGGAGGCUGAGCCACAGCUGGCUUCUGUUGCCAUGGAGGAGAACACCAGGAGCAGCUGUUCUACUGCCCCACAACUGGCUCUCCCCUCUCCACCACCCUCUGCUCCCUCAAAGGUGAAGAGAAGUUCAUCUGCUUCCUCCACCACAUCCUCCUCCUCCUCCUCCUCCUCUUCCUCAUCGUCUUCUGAUUCCGAUUCUGAAUCCAGCUCAUCUGAGUCCAUCCCCCCGGAUCAGCCGGCAAAAGACGUUGAGGCGGAGAUUGUACCAAAACAGUAAGAGCCUAUAUUUCUCUCUUCCCCCCCCCCCCCCGUUCCUGCUCUCCUAAGUUGCUAGUAAUCACUGUUUAUACCUGUCUUAGAUGAAGCUGCUGGUAUCUUGCAUCUUGCCUUCACUUCUAAGUCAUCUGUUCUGUUGUAUUUACUCAGGUUAUCCCUACCUCUGACCCUUUGUGCCAUGUUUUCCAACCAUCUCCUCCGUUGUACAACUCCACAUUGUGCCUUCCACUCCAGAAAAGGGAGUUUUGUAGCACAUUGAAAGACUCACAUUAUAGCAUGAAAAAUUUGGGGACAAAAUCUAUUUCAUCUGAUACUUGAAGUGUGUGUUUUUCUAUGCAGGCUGAGAGUGCGAAAUAGCUAAGACCUUGAAAACCAAGAGAUAGUAUUCUCCGUAAGAUUUUUAUGCAAAGCUCAACUGGUUGCUAACCUUUUGUGGCCUGAGGGGUGCCUUCACUCUUGGUCAACUGUUUGGGCACGGAUUGUCAGUAGUAGGUGUUGUCCUCCAUGCACACCACCUCAGCUGGUAAUUUUCCUCUCUCCACUCCAGCCUGAUGGCUGAGAAGAGGAAGAUUAACAUCUCAAGCAGGGCACAGGGAUCUUCACCCUCUUCAGGACUGUAUGUACUUAAAAUUUAUUUUAUCUUUUUGCCACCUCCAGAAUUGGGGUCUUGGAGGGCCAGAAAAACUUCCUUGGGUGAUUGCAUUAGCUCUUCAGGUCAGGGGUUGGCUGCCCCAAUAUAACAAGCUAAUAAUUGAAUCCUCCUUGCUUUGGUGGGCUAAAUUAACCACUGUUGUGUGUCUUGGCACUAAUAUCAUUCUUGAAAAUAAGCUGUCAGAAGUUAUUAAGAAGCUGGUAACCUGUGUUUGUAUGCCGGCCAUUGGAGGGGCAUAAAGGCAUCUCCAUUCCUUAGCACAGAAACUAAGUAGGCUUGAGAAGGGUACAAGGAUGCAUGUAUGCCAUCCCCUUUUCAGCCAGUCCUCUUUCUUACCUAGUUGCCAAUAGGUGUCCAUAUGAGAGGCUUCCUUAAGCAAAAAGGGCAUAACGACCUGUAUAGCUUAGCUAUCCCAGAUUCUGCUUGUGGAUGGCCAGUGUCCAUAUCUUGUAUGUUUCUUAAGCUUGGCAUAGAAAUGUCAUAGACUUUAACUCUUGCUUUUCAUGGCUUCUCUCUCCUCUCUCUAUUCUGACACUUAAAUCUACCAAAUGAGGGCGAGAACUUUACCUCUUGGUUUUAAAAGAUCUCAUAAAGUUCUUCAUGUUAGCGGAAAUGGUUUUUAAAUGCUGUAAUGGUGGCCUUUGUCCGCCAGAGGCUAACCCUGUUUCACUUCACUGUGUCUUUGUAGCAGGAAGGCACAUGGAAUUUGGGCUCUGAAUCUGCACUGCAGGCCCCAUGCAAGCCUUUUGCUCCUUUAAAGCGCACCUGGUGAAACCAAAUGCAGGGCUCCCUUGCAGAGCAUGUGUUUGUACACAUGAAAUGCAUGUGCCUAGGUUUGUGAACAUCCUUUGAAUCUUUCCCCAAGAUUCUAGUUCUGUGUACUUUUCAUAUUUACUUUUGACGUGGUUUGGGGUGAUAGAACUAGAAAACAAGGCAUUAGGGAACUGGAGAAUGGGAAGAGGAAGCAAGAGUUGGGAGAUGGAAGAGGCUGAUCAUUAGAAUCACUGAUCGAAAUACUGUUCUGAUUUUUGAACUUCAGCAGGAAUGAGAACUUCCUUUGACAUUAUCUUACUAGUGAGGUUGCUGUUCCUACUGAAGGAGAUGAUUCUACAUUGAUCUAAGAACACCUGAAGUAGGGGGUGAAUUUGGUGUCCUUUCUGAUGUUGUUGGACUCCCAACUUCCAUCAGCCAUGUCCAUUGUGGCCAAUGGUUCUGAGAUGAUGGAGUUGAAAUCUGUUCAAUGACAGCUUGCGGGGCGCAGGCUCCCCACUCGUUAUCAAAAAGUGUUUCACUCACGAGAUUUCUGCUUUGUCCCAGUUGGCAACCGUAGAGGUGACACUGGCCCCUUCAGAGAUGUAGCCAUUGUGAUGUAGCAGUAGGCCAAUGUGCGUAGAAGCCUUCAAUGUUUUCUGGUGUGGUGGGAACAGCAGCAACCAUUCUGAUAACAGAAAUGUAAAGGGGAGCUAAGGCAGCUAGUCUCCAGGACCUUUCCCAUAAACACCAUGAUCCAAAGGUUAGUGUAUCAGUUUCCCCUGGCAAAGAAACAAAAAUGGCGAUUCUAGAAGUAACCCACUAAUACCUCUCUUAAUCCUUUUAACACAAUUGCCCUGUGUGUUUGAACUUGAUACUAUCCUUCAUUUUCUCUUCUCCCGCCCCAGGCCACCAAGUCCAGUGCUGAAGGAGGCAAACCGUGAUGAGCAGCCUUUGGAAGUGGGCAAACGUAAGCGCCGUUCUCAGAGCUCCAGCAGUUCCAGCAGCAGCUCUUCCUCCUCUUCCUCUUCCUCCUCCUCCACAUCCUCCUCCUCGUCCUCUGCCUCUUCCUCAUCUUCCUCAUCUUCCUCCUCUGCUUCACCCUCGUCGCCUAAGACUGGAUCCCAGGUACCAGCCAAAGUGGUCCCCAAAAAGAAGCCGUCUCCAGAGAAGAGGAAGUAAGUAUUCUUAUUGGUUAUUGGUGAAAGAGCUGAGAAUCUGCUGCAAGGGAAUGAUGCCAUGACUUAUUGGCAGUGACUUUAUUUUAGUAUGGGGUGGACCAGUCCCUUCCUCCUACAAGACUGUUGUAUCCUGUGGGACUGUUCUCCGUUCUUCCAACUCUUUAAUUAGCGUGGCUGUUGUCACCACAUUGCUAGUGAAAAUGGUGUAAAAAGAGCAUGUGUAGCAGAAUGCCAGCAGUCCCAAGUGUUGCAGGUGGGUAACAAAGGUGCAGAAGACUUUGGGGCCUGGUUGUGUGUGGGGGGGGGUAGUGAGGAGGCUUGCUCUUGUGCCACUGGCAUCUCCAGGUAGGAGACCCCUGUUUGAAGUCCUGGAGAGCUGCUGCCAAUCAUUGAUGCCUAGGAAUAGGGAACAUGUGGCUCUCUAGAUGUUGGACUCCAUCUCCCAUCAUCCCUGAUGAUUGGCCAUGUUCCCUGAGGCUGAUGGGAGUUCUAGUCCAACAACAUCUGGAGCGUCACAGGUUCCUCAUCCCUGGUGUAGACAAGACUGAGCUAGAUGGAACAGUGAUCUGGCUCUGUAUAAGGCAGCUUUCAUGUUUCUGUUAAGGAAGCUGGAAUCUGUUGGCUUCCUCUGCAUCAACCUUUUCUUGAAAACCACUGUUAGAUGCCUGGAUUUCUGCUGGGCUCCAAAGUCCUUUCCAGUAGAAAGCUUGCUUAGCCUCUGCCCAACUGAGAUCUUGCCAGGCAUUUCCUGUACAUACUGUAGCCUGCCUUUGCAGCUUUAAGGAUUCAAACAACUCCAGCAUUGGGGCUUGGCCUGAUGGGGCAAUCAGGGGACCCUUUGCAGAGAGUCUGCUUACCCUUAACCAUUUGCUCACCCACCCUUUGGUCCAGAGUGAGUGCAUGAGUUAUGGCCACAGCAAGGGAAAUGGUGUGGCAGCUGCUACUGCUGCAUUACUUGCUAGUUCUCUCCCUAACGUGCAAGUGAUGUCAGUGAAAAGAAUGUGGCCACUGAGAGAAUCUUACGUGUGGGCUCCCAAAAUAUGGAACUAGUACUGAAUUGGAAACGUCUUAAAAAUGAAAGGAUUCUGAACUCUGCAUGUAGUACGAGUGCAUGGGUAUUCAGCCCUGGGUACAGCCUAGGGGUGUGUCCAUGCUUUACUCUUGUCCAGCAUUUUGCCGGAAAAUAAUCACACGAGUUCUUUUUCUUCUCCCAUAGCUGAAGGGCCAAGUGUGGUGAAUGCACUCUUAAGCAGCCCAUCUUCUCUCUCUUCCUUCAGGUCACGCAGUCCCCGAAAGCCUAUUGACUCCCUGCGUGAUUCACGCUCCCUCAGUUACUCCCCAGCAGAACGCCGCCGGGUAUCCCCUCCGGUCCAGCUGCCUUCAGCUCCAAGGGACCGACGCAGGUAGGAACCUGAGCCUCCCUUCUCACCAUGUUGGGAUUGUGAGGGAGGGAGGCGGUGGCUAGGGAUCUGUUUGGAAUAGGGAGGGAGGAUAUGUGAGAAUUGGAGUUAAGAUAACUUGGAUCAGCUUCAUGCCUUCCUUUGCUUCUCCAGGGACAGGUCCAGGGACAGGUCCUCGCAGAGAAACAGACGAAGCAUCAGCAGGUCUCCAGGCCGGAAACGUCGACGCAAUUCCCCCAGCCCCCGAGUCCCCCGCCGCAGAACUUCAAGGUAGUAUUUGCUUGGUUUCUGACAGUAUUCAAGGUGGCUUAUAAAAUAUGACAGCUCAUAAAGAGCAGUAAUUCAGCAAAACCCCCAGCAACUCCAGAUUUGAAUUAUUGACAAAAAGCAGCCUGUAAGAACAGGUUUCUACAUAGAGCCCCUUUCCUCUGUUUCUCUAUCGUCCAUUCAGGCAAACAAGAUGAACUGUAAUAGUUUAAGGACACACAUUCCAGUCAGGUAAAAUCACAGAGCUUGGCUCUGGGUGUGGCCUGGGAGGAGGUCCAAGCGCCAGAUAAAGAUGCCCUAGAGGGCCACCUUGAUCCCUGGGGCUGCAGCUCCUCCCCUCUGCUCUAAGUGAAUGCCCUUGGGUGUAGUGUCCCAGAAAACGCUGUUCCAUGUUCCUGCUGAUCUUUGCAGUUGAGUUACAGAAUCGUGUCAUAGGAUGGCUGGGAAAGCACAUGGUGCAGCUGCACUGUAAUUCUGUGGAAGUUGAGUAGGUCAGACUCUGUAACUUCCUGGAUGGGAGGUUUCCCUCUAGUAAUGUUUGUAAAUUAAUUGAUAGAACAUUGAGUAGACCUUUGUGACAUCACUCUAUGGGGAAUAUUUGCUUCACCUCACAUUCAAACCAAGAUUGACCCCCAGAGCAGCUGACUGUUAAAAUCAUCCGUUAAAACCAUCACACAGGUAGAAAGUAUUACAAAUAUGUGGAGGUUGUUACUGCAGCCUCUUUUGCUUCCUGGUGUGUGAUGUCAUAGUCCCAAGUUCUUCUCUCCUGGGGGAGAGGGGCAAGAAACGUGCUGAAGGUUGGCUCGGGCUGGCUCAUUGUAUAGACGCUUGUCUUCAGAAACAGGCCUUCUGUGGGUUUUUCUAUUUGGGGGUUGUGGACUCUUUCCUGCCUCAUUCCCUAAUGGCCUGCAGAUACAUAAGGCUGUCCAACCUUCUCCAGUGGGCAUUGUGAAGCUUUCCCUUCUCCCUCACAACAUUUUCCACUCUGUACUACUGGUGUCCAAGUGGCCUUGAUUCCUUAAGGUGAUGUAGAAAAUUGUGAAAAGGUUACAGUUCACUCUGGAGUGACCUCAAGAGCCUGGGGCAGGUGGUCUGCCCCUAGGCUGGGAAAUUCGGGUGGUAGCCCAUCCAGGGAGUGAAGCUUGCUAAUUUCUCCUCUCUUUGCCCCCUUCCAGGUCCCCCUAAGCCUCUUGGAGAAUCUGGAAAGCCCUUGCCCUUGCAACCACAGACUGCACCACCCCAGCCUCCCACAGUGCUGUCCCAGGUGGGAGCCCCCUGCCUCCUGAAGCCCACUGGAAGCCAGUGUGUUUGUGUGGGGGGGCCCUCUUCAUUUGCCAUUGGCUUUUUAUUCUCAUUAGUUUUUCCUUCACUGUCCCUGUCUUUAUUGCCCAUCAUUUGUCGGCAGCUACAUUCCCCUCCCUGGACAUCUCUGCUCAGCACCCACCAGGAUCCGCCGUCUCUGCGCUCCUCUUCUUCCUCUUCCCAACAGUUGGUGAUGUUCAUUUGAUUUUUUUUUCUCUCUCUCUCUUGUGAGCGUUUUUUCUGUGCGUUUUACAGCUAAAAUCUUUACUUCUGUGUUUUGAGAGAGGGGUCUCCUUUUUGUUGAUUUAGACAUAAAAGGUUUAAAUAAAAGAAAACACAAAAAGGGUGGGCGGGUGGGGAGUAGGGAGAUAUAUGUGAGCUAAUCUGUUGAUUUAGCGUUUCUCAGGCACCCCUCUCUGUAAUGGUGGAGGGUUGUAGGAAAAAAAGGGGAAGGAGGGCAGCUUGGCUUUGGGGAUCCCCUAGUUUUCAGGGCCAGGGUGGGGGGCUCCUGCUGAAUAUCCAGAAGCUUUCCUUCUGUGACCCACUGCUUCAGGAGAAGUGCAAGCAAACUUUUUGGGAGAAAUUAGGUGUUGCUUGUAGCCUGCAACAGUGGGGUUGACUUCUGAUGGUGGCACAAUUUGAGCAUUAGAUCAUUUCUGCCCCCCAAAACAAACAGAUUUUAAUAUGCGGUGCUCUUUUUCCUUUUUAUCCUUCCCUCAAAGCAGACUCUUUCAUAUUGAUCAGCUGAGCCGGGUCAGGAGGGGUCAAGAUAGGGACUGGAAAGGGGGCAGACAGGCAUUUUACAAGGGAAGGUGAGAGAAAUUCUGCUGGAAAGAAGCCGAGAAACCCUAAAUCAGGGAGGGAUGGGAACAGAAGUUUCUUCAUAUUUCUUAAAAGCAUUUAAUUUUUUUUGAUAUGUACAGCAAGGAGAUUUUUUCUGUCAAAUAAAAAACUUACGAAAUGCAGAAA